GCUCUUUGUGCCUGCGGCCAUCAAGGUUGUUCUGCUGGCUGAAGAAAGGUGGAGGAGUGUUCACACACUCAAAUAACAGGCUGGUGAUGGUAGAGACACAUUAAAUUCAUGCCCUCGAGUGUGGCUUCCUGGCCUUCCUAAAGCAGCAGCAGUUUGUUCAGCUGCUGAGACGUGCUGCCACUACUCAGAGUCUCCAGUGCUGACUGUGAACUUGUGAAGUUCUACAGGUGUUCCAGGGCUGAUGAUGGUUGUGGCCAAGCUUGCUGUCCCUGGGCAGUUUUGGAUGAUACUGAUAUUUUUAAGUUAUGAAUAUUGUUAUAGUUUCAGUCCUGACUUUAGUACAUAAUCUAGUAGGAGCAUUUGCUACCUGUAGUACUGGCUGCUGACUUGUCUUCAGGAAAAAUGAUAAAAUUGUAAGAAUUUUAGAGCAAACCCUAUAAUAUUGCAACCCUUCCUCUUUGCAGGAAAGAUUUAAUAUAAAGCCAGCAAGUUUUGGAGUGUACGUGCAACCUCUUCAAGCAGAGUUCUGCAGCUUGCAGAGCAGCCCUUGUCCUGCUGCCUGCUUUGGACAAAUCUGCUUGGAGUGACUUUGCUGGAAGCCCCUGCUCCCCUGGGUGUGUUUUGGACACAGGCUCUGUGUGUCAGGUUGGCUCCAAGGCUUAGUCCCAGGUUUUUGUACCAGCCCCAUUCCCUCUGUGUGCACUGAAGCUGUCCCGUGGUUAUUUGCACUCACAGCAAGAGCACAGGCGAGGAGCAUUGAGCAUCUUGAAAUCUCUGUUAAGUUUAUGUUUUACAUUCUGAUGGUUUCUGUGUUUCACUGCCAGUGGAGUGGAAAGGCUCUGGAGGAAAGGGACCUCUCACCUAUUCCAGCUAUUCUCAUGUAGAAUCAGAAAUCUUUGUACUUCUCAAGGGCUUCCCUGGGAUGGAUUCCCAGGAUGCAAUUUAGUUGGUGUUGCUUGUCUUAAUUUUUUAGAAAGGGGAGUUUCUGUGACUGAAAAAGAAUUUGAUUUCCAGCUGAGAGUGGAAUUUGCUUGUCUGGUAGUUGACUCCCUCCUCUUAAAUGCCACUUACCCACUGCAGGAAUGAAAUAUAUUAAAAGUGGCAGAGACACGUAUUUUAUUUGGUGCAUACAUUUUAUUUAUAUAAUCUGUAAUUUAUUCUGUUGUUUGUGAUAGCACUUGCUGUAGCAGUAUUAAACCAAACUGAAUAGAAGCAUUUAGGAUGGUAUAAUCAUAUUUUUGACCCUGCUUGCUGAAAGGCUUUAAUCCUUCAGUGCCAGACACUUGACUCUCAAGCCUGAUGCACAUUAGUAAUAGCAAUACCUUGAUGACAUUACGUGUUCAGCCCCUCUCUUGUGCAUGAGGGCCUGCAGGGAAGCUCUGCAGUUCUCCUGUGUCUGCUCACAGGAACCCGAGCUGGACACAAGACACGAGCCAUUAGGUUCUGGUGGCACAUGUGGUGUCUCGGUGGGCACGUGGCAUCAGCGUUAUUGGGUCUGAAAUCGUGUUCCUCAUCUUACUGUACCUGUUUGAGUGGCUAAAUCGAAAGCAUUUUCUGGUUUCCUUUUCCAUCGUGGCAGCGAUUCUGUUCCGUGCCAUCACCUGCUCGACAGCAGGUUGGGUGUGACAUCAGCUUCCCUCAUUUCUGUCCCCUCUGCAGCAAAGUACAUCCAAGGGCUUCGAGGACUUUCAGCGCUGUUACAGGAACAACCCUCUUACCUGUGUGCUCACCAAUUCCUGUGUAAAGCUCUAGAGUAUCCCAGGGUUGAUGUUUUUGGGAUGUUAUUGCUGGGAAUGCUACCACCUCCUUUCUGCCCAGUAGGUUUCAGCCAGGUUAGUGUUCCCUGUGGUCAGGAUUUGCUUCCUACCACAAGAUUGUUUUGUUCAUGUCACCGUGCUCCCGAGAUCUGCCUCUUUCUUUUAAAUAAACCAAAAACUCACAAAGUACCUCUAUAAACCCCUGCAAAAUCUGUACUGUAACGAAUCUGUAUAAUUUGUAUCGCUGUAUAAAAAUUCAAAUAAAAGCAUUCAAACCUUCUAGGUUUUUGUCUUCAAAUUUAAGAAUUAUUGUGUCCACAAGGAUGAACUCGGCAGGAUAAGAAAGGGAAGCUUUGUACCACAGGGAUGUUUGGGAUUAGUCUUUGCAAAGUUUUGUGAAGCACCCAGGGAUCCUGGCUGUGAGGUGACUUUUCUAGCAGCAUUUAUUUUCCUUCAGCAGGAACCACUUUCAGUUUCAGCUCAGAGAGAGCCAACAUGCAGCUGGGACAGGGGGUGAGGCAGCACUUCCCCUUUGCCUGGGGAAAGACACAUCCCACUACAGAGAGAACAGUUUCUAGGUGUGUACAAAAACAUCCAGCACUACUUCAGCACAUCAGAAAGUUUCCUCCAAGAUGUGGCUUGCGUUAGAGCUGCCGUGAAAAUGUUGGAGUGCGUUAUAAUCCCAGUUAGUGGUUGGGAUGAGACACGUGCUCAUUCUGUCCCAAAGCAAGAGGGGCUUGAUGCUGGUGCACAGCAAUGCUUGACUUGCAAAGCUGGUGACUUUGGAGCCUGUUGCAGCUUGGAAAACUUGUUGGAGCUUUCUCAAACUUUCCAGCAUUGGGAGUGUUGGUGCAGAAGAAGGGGUUUAGAUGAUGCCCUGUUUUUCAGUCCUUGUUUCACUGCUGAUUUUUGAUCAAUGUUAGUCACAACACCUGAUUUAAGCAAAAUCAGCUGGUCUUUGAGCAGCCCCCACCUUUAUUUGAAAGAAUGGAACUCAGCCCUUAGGGCAUUUGGCUUCCCAGGACCCAGGUAAGCUGAGCUGGGUGGAAAAUGGGUUGUAAUGAAUUUUCUGGACCCAAGAGAUCUCUCUGCAGCUUAUCAGCUUUUUAUCAAAAGGUGAAAAAGUGGCUGCUCCAGUGUAUUUGACCUUUUGUCAAAUCAGAAAUUGUUUCUAUCAGCAGGUCUCGAUGAGGCAGAGGGGUUUCAGGAGGGUAGAGCCUGGGUUUGGUGCUUCAGGGGUCAUUUUGUGUGAGUUGGAGGAGAGUUGUUCUGGCUUCAUGCAGAGCAGAACCUGUAGCUGUGCUGGGAAGUGCUCGGAGUGAGGACUCAUCCUCAACAUUUACAUCCAGCCCUUUUUAGGAGAAAUGUGAAGAAAGGAGUUAAGAUCCACACAGAGGCAUGUGCUGCUGCAGUAAUUACCCUCUAAUCAAGGUGCUUGGUCUCUGCAGAGGACUGAGGCCUUUGAGGGGCAUCACUGUGCCCAAGAGCUGUAAUAUCACAUUGGGAUCGCUCCUUGGGCACAGGAGCAGCCUCUGCCUGCUCUGGAGAGGCUCAGGGAUCCAUCAGGGGACAGUUUGGGACUGACAGGAGGUGCAGCCCGAGCCAGCCAGGGUAACACCACAGCACUGACUCAUACUUGAAGCUGAGACCCACCAGAAAAUCCGUAGGCAAAUGCGUGGUGCCUUUUUAGCAGUGGCUGCUCCUGAUCAAAUCGAUUUUGGGUACAAAAGAUGAACUUUAAAUGUCUCCAGCAUAUUUUGAGUGUCAGUUGGGCUCUGAAGAGCUCUUUUGUUGUCAGCUUAUGUUUGAACACAUACAAACCCUGCUAGAAAGCUGUUAAUAAACUAUUUGAUCCCUAAGAAAUGCCGAUUUUUUAACAGCUCUUUUGGCAGUGAAAAAAACAUUUCACCUUUUGCAAUGUCCUUUACACAGAGAACACAGAGAAACCAUGUGAGGAAUUAAAAGUUGAAUCUGCCUCUUUUUAUCCUUGGUUCAGAUUAUACUGAUUUCAAGAUAGGCUUCAGCACCCAGAUCUUGUCUGGGAAUGGCUCUGGAAGGUGAAUUAUUUUUGUAUGUCAGGUUAGCAUUGGAAGAGAUAAAGUCUAUUUACACAUACACUGGAUAAUUAUCUUAUUGAAGUAACAUUUCCUCUGAAAUCUCAACAGUCAGAUUUCAUCCCAGAGUUGCAGAAAUUGUAACCAGUUGGCUCCUUAAAUCAUUUUUAUGAUGAAGAGUCAUGUUCUUGCACAGAGAGCUGGGUGUAGGUGGCUGGUUGUGGCAGCUCCGGAGUGCCCUAAUUUAAAUAUAACGAAAUUUCCCUUUACUGAACAAUUUACAUAAAAGAGAGGCUUUGAAGAGACUUGGUGAGAGCAGCAUGAAACGUUUUGUUUAUGGUUGUAACUCGUGUGCCCCGUGUACACGUUUAUGUGUGUGUGCAGACUUCCCGAGUGCUGGAGCAGGAUCCUUCUUUCAUGGACUGUGACAGGGCUUAAAGCCAAUACAUAAAUUCCCAGCAGGGAAUUCAUGAACCCUCCUUAUUCCAUUCAAGCACCAAAACAUUUGAGGAUUUACUUUUUUUUAAGAGUGCAGUGAAAUUUUGUGCCUGCUGGGUGCAAAAUGCCAAUGCUGAAGCAUAAGAACUGGUUUUAUUCUUCCAGCACUGGACAGGAGCUCCAGGUUUGACCAUUAGCAAUAGUGACCUCGGGUUAUUUGCUGCUUUGGAAACUUGUUAUCAUCUUUUCCAUAAAAUCUGAGAGCGGGUUUGCAGUUUGCUGUGCCUGCUUUGAGAUUUUCCCGGAUGCCCAGUUGUUCACUUGAAGGCUCUUUGCUAAAAGGAAGCCUGAACAUUUUUGGGGGGCACCAACACCAUCUGAACCUCGAGGGAAGGGCCCUGGGUGCUGUGUGUGGUUCCACACUGUCCAAGCCUCUUCCUCUCCCCACGGGAGCCAAAGUGACCCGAGUGGGUUUGUGCAGGCGGCGCCCCUGGGGGAGCAGCAGAGGCUGGGCAGCGGAUGUUGGGGUUGGUGAUUCACAGGGGACAGGAAACCAGCAACUGCUCACAAGCCCUGGAGGAACCGGUCCAGCCCCGGCAGCUGCAGCCCAGAGGUGCUGGAGGAGCUGGGACACGUUAGGGAGAGCGGCUGAGGCUGUGGGCUGGAUGUGGUUGGGCCAUGGUGCAGCUGGAGCUGUGGGCGGCUGCGGCGCUGAUGAUGCUCGGGGCGGCCGUCAGCCUCUGCAUCAGGUGCCGGCUCUCAGCUACCAAACGGGAGACAGAGCUGAAUGAGCUGAGGAGCCAGCUCGAAAGCCAGCGGAGAUUUGAGGUGAUUCGAUCCCAUACCACUGCAACCCGAAGGCUGGAAAAAAUUAAGGAACCCGAAAACUUAUCAAUAGCAAGGAAAGUCACUGAAGAGCUCCGUGCUUCCCAUCAUACUGGAUAUGGGAGCAGGGACGAGUCCAGGUACCAGAAUUUCCUGGCAGGGAAUUGCCUGCAAGAAGAUGCUGCCUAUGUGGAGCCCAUAUCUCUGGGAUACUACUACAAUUGCCCCAGGUUCUUUGAUCCACUCCGUGGCAGGUCUCCAGGCAAGCAAGCAGAGAAAGAUGAGGAUGAGGAUUCCUAUUCCUAUGAAAAUGUCACCAUUGGAGCAUCCCAGGGCUCUGAUCCAGAUGAUGCUGCAGACUACGAGAACAGCGUGGCAAUACACACGUGGAAACUCCAGCAAGGGCAGGCUCUGCUGACAGAAAGCCUGGAUGAUGAGCCAGACUACAUCAAUGCAGGACCUGGGUCAGGCCAUGCCCUGCUGUCACAGCAAAGCAUUCUGCACAAAAUCUGAAGAACUCUUGCUGAGCUGUAAGAGAGCACCCAAUGAACAUGCACACAGGGAGAGGGGAGACUUCCAUCCCUCAGAGAAACCUUUUCUCCAAACUGUGCCUGCAAUGACGUAGAAGGGGUGGUACUGAAAGGAAGAAAUGCACUUUUUGAAGCCCCACAGAAGUCCAACUGCAAACCAGCAACUGGAGAAAAAGCACUCUGCCCCCAGCAACCACGGGCAAGCCCCAGGAUCCUCAUCCCCAUCUCAUUUCCCUGCAUGUCCACUCAAAGGUGGCCAUUCUGGGCAAUAUUUUCUCCUGUCAGGCAUGAAAUGAAUCCUUAACUUGCUGAGCAGUAAUGCAGUCAGCUACUUAAUCUGUCAGGGUGACUCAUGCACGAUGGUAUUAAACCAUGGGGAUUACCUUCUGAUUUAGUUCCUGUGCUCUCCUAUAGAAGCAGUUUCCUCCAUGAGAGGAACUGGCAAGGCAGAGGUUGUGUUUAUAACAGCAGUGGUUGUCUGGAGCUGAAUGAGAUUCCAACCUGUUCACAGAAGCUAAAGAGGAUUAAAUGCCUGCCUUAUCCAUGGUUUGUAAUUCA